AUGUGGCCUUUGAUUCAAGACGGUCCAAUUACAGUCAGUAUGGAAGUGCAAACAACGUCUUUGGUCUGGAUAUAUGUUAACAGUACAGAACAACCGAACACUUCAUAUGAGUACAACACAACAGAUUUGACAGAAGACUCAGAGAAAUACCAAUCGUACAUUAUCGGCCUCUUCCUGUCCUGCUUGUACACCAUCCUCCUCUUUCCUAUCGGAUUCAUUGGAAACAUAUUAAUCCUGGUGGUGAACCUGAACCACAGAGAGAAGAUGACCAUCCCCGACCUUUAUUUUGUCAACCUGGCUGUCGCUGACCUCAUCCUGGUGGCAGAUUCCCUCAUCGAGGUCUUCAAUCUGAACGAGAAGUAUUAUGACUAUGCUGUCCUCUGCACCUUCAUGUCCCUGUUCCUGCAGGUCAACAUGUACAGCAGCAUCUUCUUUCUCACGUGGAUGAGCUUUGACCGUUACAUUGCCUUGGCUAGCUCCAUUAGCAGCAGCCCACUGAGGACUAUGCAGCACGCCAAGCUUAGCUGUGGCCUCAUCUGGAUGGCUUCCAUCCUGGCCACCCUUCUCCCCUUUACAAUUGUGCAGACGCAGCACAGGGGCGAGGUGCACUUCUGCUUCGCCAACGUCUUUGAGAUCCAGUGGCUGGAGGUCACCAUUGGCUUUUUGGUGCCCUUUUCCAUCAUUGGCCUGUGCUACUCUCUGAUUGGGCGAAUCCUCAUGAGGGCCCAGAAGCACCGUGGAUUGUGGCCGCGGCGGCAGAAGGCCUUGCGAAUGAUCGUCGUGGUGGUGUUGGUGUUCUUUAUCUGUUGGUUGCCGGAAAAUGUCUUCAUCAGCAUCCAGCUGCUGCAGGGCACAGCUGACCCGUCGCAGAGGACUGCUACAACCCUGUGGCAUGACUACCCGCUCACAGGCCACAUUGUUAACCUGGCAGCUUUCUCCAACAGCUGCCUCAACCCCAUUAUCUACAGCUUUCUAGGAGAAACUUUCAGGGACAAGCUGCGUCUCUUCAUUAAGCAGAAGGCCAGCUGGUCAGUGGUGAACCGCUUCUGCCACCAUGGUCUCGAUUUACACCUCCCUGUCAGGAGCGAAGUGUCAGAGGUGUGA